CUCAGACUAAACAGAUGUUCCAGCCAUGUACAAGUUCCCAACAUGCCACUCAGCCAAAGGUGGGCUCUUCUGUGCAGAGUGUAGAUAAAAGCCAUGGAACUGUGGGUUUCAACUCAGAACUAAGUGCUUCAGCCCAAGAUAUACUGUUCAACCCUACAGGCAGAAACCGAGUUAACUUCAACUUGGCCAACAACACUGGGGUUACAAUCAACAGUUCAACAGUUCAAAUUGGGUUGGAUACGCAACUUAGAAAUAUCAUUGAUCAGAGUAAACUCUGUCUGAGAGAUUUGAAAACGAUACCGUUUGUGAAGACACACUUCAUCACACAAUCUGAAAAGUUUCUUCACACAAGGGGCAUGGUUGUUCUCACUGGCAGGUCAGGCGAUGGAAAGACGUCUGCUGGUUUGCACUUACUAAAGAGUGUCUCAGAACGGGAGUCCCGGAGCCCUGUAAUUCUGACUGACCCCAGUCAGUGGGACCAUAUUCCAGUGAAACUUAAUGAAAGGAAAGUUCAACAAACAUUUGUUGUUUUGAUAGAUGAUGCCUUUGGAAAAACAAAUCUGGUUCAGGAUCUGGUGGACAGAUGGGGCAAGAAAUUCCCUAUGAUGAUCCCUGUAAUAGAGAAUGGAAUUGUCAAACUGGUGAUAACAAGCCGUUCAAAUAUACUGUCAGCAUGUGUUGGUAAAGUUACUUUUCUUACGAAAUGUCCAAAUGUUGAUUUCUCAGUCAUUGAGGAAAACCAAGCUCAAGAAAGAUUAGCAAUUCUUGAAAAUCAUUUGAAACUGUUUGGAACUGACACCUGCAUUGACUUUAAUGAGAAACAAAGGAUUGUCCAAAGCACUGACCUGAUGGGAUUCCCCCAAUGCUGCUCUGUGUUUGCUAAAGAUAAAUCACUCCAUCUCAAGGCUUCAACUUUUUUCUCCAAGCCACUGAAGUGUUUAUCAGAGAAUAUAAGAAGUCUGUCAGAUGCUGAUCCAGUAGGUUAUAUGGUGUUGUUGUUGCUAUUUCUGAAAGGUGGGGAACUACACAGGAGCUUUUUUGAUCCAUUUGACCGAUCAAAAGAAGACAGUGACCUCCUUGAGAAGCUGCUCCGUUUCAGAAAUUGUGACAUUCAUCAGUUAGAGAGUAAAGCCAAGACAAUGUGCCCAAUGUAUCUUACCUUUGUAGAAAACAAAGAAAGCUACAGGUUUGUACAUCAAUCAGUAAUGGAUGUCAUUUCCAUUCAAGUCUGCAAAGAGAAACUCACAAGUGGGCUCAAGUUCUGCACCCUUAGUGUUUUACUGGAAUAUGUAAGAACAUCACCAACAUCAGAAUCUGACCAUAUCAUAUUAAUCCCCAGAAAUAAGUUUGGUAUUCUUUCUGAGAGACUCACACAAGAAUUGUUGUCCACAAACCAGGAACUAAUCAUUACACACCCAGCUUUUCAGGAUCCUGAAUUCUGUCAGUUCCUGAUGCAUAGUUUCUGGAAAGGUACAGACAAAAUGGAAAUUGUAACGUUUAAAAACUGCACCAAAGAAGUCUUCACAAAAGUGUUUUUCAGUAAGCAAACAGUGGAAAGACUUUCAGCUUUGGCUGUAGGUAUUACAGAGGACAUUCCGACUUUAUAUAUUGAAGAUAUCUUGGUCUUGCGGUUUACUUCUGUCUUGUGUAAUUUUGCACUCAAUGGCUGCAACCUGAUAGUAAUGGAUCUGAUGGCAACAGCUGACAACUGUUUAUCAGAGGUGGAGUUGACGGAAACAAGACAAGAUGUAUUGGCCAGUGCUAUUUAUAGGGGAAAUUCAGAAUUGAUUCAAGAAAUGUUAAAGAGAAAGACUUGUAUAUCUGAAGCCUGCAUUGUUGCAUCAUGUGCUUCUGAGACUCCAGACAACACUGCUUUUGAUCACAUCCUGGAUACAUUUGAUGCAUCAAUCAUGAACAUUUUCAAGUGGCCACUGAUGGCAUUGCUGAUAGAAAAGAAUAAAAGGGAAACUUUAGAGAAACUUGCCCUCUUAAUGUGUAACGCUGACAGUUACAAAGGGAGAGAACUGCUUGUGCAGCUGUGCAAAUGCCUCUUACUACAGUAUCAUAAUGUGACACCCCUAUUAUAUUUGAAGACUUUCGGGCAGAUGAAGAAAGAUGCAUUUUUAGAAUUGUUUCCAAUCUUUUGCAGUCUUGGUAUAAGCUGUUUUACUGAUGAAUUGGUACUUUUGGCAACAGGUUGUAGAGAAACGUAUCCUCUGUCAAUGAUUCAUGGAUAUGGUGGAAACAUUGCAUGUACAACAAGCAGAGGAGACACACCACUGCACCUUGCAGCUCACAUAGGCACAGCAGAUAUGGUGGAAUAUCUGUUACAACUCAAUGUAGACAAAUCACUAAAGAAUUCAGAAGGAUGGCUUCCACUCCACUUUGCUGCUCAGUCAGACAUAGAAAGUGAAGAAAAACUUCAUCUCCUCCUUGAACUUGAACAUGUGCUACAGCCACAGUGUCAGGAAUGACACCUCUUAUGUUGGCCUGUAAGGCGGGGAAUAUCUCUUGUGUUGAAUAUUUUAGUCUGAAGUAUAAUAGUCACGGAGAUCACCCAAUACAUGCUACCAUUCUUGGCCUCUGCGAAAUAUGUAUAGGGAGCAACCUACAGAAUCAUUUGGGCAAUCCCGUAUUCAUACAGAAAUGGUUUGACAUCACUGACAUCCUCCAACAUAUUGGUUAUUCCUUCAGCCACAAAUAUGAAAAUUUAAGUCCCAUUGAGCUUAUCAUUUGGUUAGAUCGGGUGGAUAUUCUGGGAUUGUACUUGGAUAGAUGGCCCUUUCUUCUUGAUGAACUGAAAGAGGGUUCAGUCGACAUGUUUAAUGUACAAAGGACAUGUGCUGAACAUGAAACUGCUAAGUAUCUCAUAGAGAAAG